ACUGCUAGGGAAAUGAGAUCGGUAUGGAUCCGUUCCGGAAAAUGGCAUAGCUACAUCGGGGCCGUGGAAGAAGGGAUGGAAAGUGAUUGAAGAAGAUCUAUCCGGGUCACCGUCUUCCGUUACGCAAGAUGGACGUUUUAAAGCCUCACCUAGAAUGGAUCGGCAAUAUAUGCUACAGGGUCAAUCCGCUGAAUCUUGGCAAUUAUACUACAGCCCACGAAACAUCUUAUAUGGAACCCGAUGUUGAAACUUACUGCCUCGAAGCGACCGACGACGACGUGGAAUGCGUCACCGUCGACGACAACGGUAGAUGCCGUGCUUCCUUCCACGUCCCGCAGGCGUAUUUUGCGUACAUAAUCGGUGCUAAAGGAGGCACCAAAAGAAAUAUCGAGCAGAGUACGAAAACGCAGAUAAUGAUCCCAAAGCAGGGCAAAGACGGCGACAUUGUGGUUACCGGCUCAUCGAAAAGAGAUGUCGCUUCCGCCAGGACCAGGAUUCUCAUGAUGGUUAAAGGCGCAAGAAGCAGGAAGAAACCGACACAUUUCAUCUCUAUUCCACUCACCCACGAUACGUUCAAACGAAACUUUCUAAAGUUUAAAUCAUCAGUCUUAGAAAACUGCCCAGACAGGGGUGUAGUCGAGAGUGUAUUCAUAAACGAAAACAAACUGCACAUAACGGUUGUACUUUUCGUCAUAUGCGACGAGACAGAAAGAAGGGAAACUGCCGAGGCACUUCGGAAAUGCAAAGAAACUGUUAUCGGCCCCGUUCUGCAAGGACGGCCUUUGAAGUUGAAGAUGGAAGGUCUCGACUACAUGAACGACGAUCCUUCUGAGGUGAAUGUCCUCUUUGCAAAUGUCGUCGGGGAGGACUCAUCACUUUUGCAGAAACUCGUCGACGGGAUUAUGGAUUUUUUCGGUGACCUCGCGCCCACGAAGCAGGAGCCGAGGAAAUCCGUUAAAAUCCACGCUACCCUCAUGAACACAGUAUAUAGCAGCAACAACGAAGACACUAAGACCACCUUCGAUGCCAGCAACAUUCUGAAAUUGUACAGUGAUUAUUCGUUCGGAGAAGCCGUUGUUGAUAAAAUCGACAUGUCUAUUAUACAUACCGUAUGUCCAAAAACCGGCUAUUACAAUGCGACUGAAAGCAUAGAUUUAAAUUAUUUUUAAGAGAACAAAUAACAUAUUAAUACAAAAAUAAAUAAUUUUGCAAUAAUAA